GAAGCAGAGUAUUAUUAAAGCUUCAAGUUAACAUAAUGAUAAUCAAGUUUUUUGUUAUAUUUGUUCCUUGGUAUUUGAUGGGUAUAACACUAUUGAGUGAAUCAUAUUUCCGUAAGAGGACGAGGGAUAAAAUGAUUCAUAGACUUGCUAAUCUAAAUAGCCUGAUAAAAGAUAGUGAUAUUGGAUGUAUAAAUGAACUUCGUAUGAAUAGGUCCACAUUUAAUGUGCUUUGUGAGAUGCUUAGGGAUAUCGGAGAUUUAAGAGAAACUAAAAGGACGAGCUUAAACGAGACGAUUGCAAUAUUUUUGUACAUUUUAGCUCAUCACAAGAAGAAUAGAACAAUUGAAAAUUAUUUUGUGAGGAGUGGGGAAACCAUAAGUAGACAAUUUAAUCGUUGCCUUCUAGCUGUCUUGAAGUUACAUGUCCAUUUGCUCAAGAAACCUUCACCAAUAACCGAAGGAUGUAAAGAUAGAAGGUGGAAAUAUUUUAAGAAUUGUCUUGGAGCCUUAGAUGGUACUUAUGUGAGUGUUCAAGUGCCUUCUAAAGAUAGGGAAAGGUAUCGUACUAGAAAGGGUCAUCUUGCAAUGAAUGUUUUGGGUGUUUGUUCACCGGAUAUGCAGUUUAUAUAUGUCUUACCUGGUUGGGAGGGUUCAACACAUGAUGGUUGUGUCCUUCGUGAUGCUAUAUCUAGACCUCAUGGUUUGAGAAUUCCCCAAGGUUGUUACCAUUUGGUUGAUGCCGGUUAUGCUAAUAGUGAUGGAUUUCUCGCUCCAUAUAGAGGACAACGUUACCAUCUUAAUGAAUGGAAGGAAGGCCGUGUACCUCGAUCUAGUGAAGAAUAUUUCAACAUGAGACAUUCAAAAGCUAAAAAUGUUGUAGAAAGGUGCUUUGGUGUGCUUAAAGGAAGUUGGGGAAUCCUUCGGAGUCCUUCGUUUUAUCCGAUUCGCACUCAAGGUAGAAUUGUAAUGGCAUGUUGCUUACUACAUAAUCUUAUUCGAAGAUACAUGCCAAGUAGAAAAAAGACUAAUGAUGAUGAUGAAGAUGAUGAUGAUGAUGAUGAUGAUGAUGAUGAUGAUGAUGAUGAUGAUGAUGAUGAUGAUGAUGCGGAGGAGGAGGAUUUCGAAGAUGAUCCUCGAUAUAUUGAAGUUGUUAGAACAAUUCAGACAUCUCAUUUUUGGACCAAUUAUAGAAAUCAACUUGCUUUGGGGAUGUACAAUGAGUGGAGAAAUAGAAGUUAGAAGUCAGGUAAAUAUCUGUUACUCAUUCAUACCUCUUAUUGACUGCUCUGUUAUUCUCUUAUUCUCUUAUUCUGAUACA